CUAAUAGAUGCAAUUCAAGACAUCAACACACAAGAUGAAAACAAUAUUGUUACUUAUUCUUUUCUCCACAGCCUCCCUUUCUUUAGGCCAACCCUCACCCGAUGCAGUUCGUGACAUCGAUGGCAACUUGGUUCGGUCGGGCACAGAAUACUACAUCCUGCCUGUCUUCAGAGGGCGGGGUGGUGGCGUAACACUAGCCCCCACACGAAACGAGUCAUGCCCACUUGAUGUAGUUCAAGAAGGCUUUGAGCUCGAUGAUGGCCUCCCGUUAACAUUUACGCCUGUGGACCCCAAGAAGGGAGUUAUUCGAGAAUCCACGGAUCUAAACAUUAUUUUCUCGGCUUCGUCAAUAUGUAUUCAGUCGAACGUUUGGAUGCUCGAGGAGUACGAGGGGCAAAGGAUCAUAAGCGGUCGUGGAACCGCAGGAAACCCUGGUGGGGAAACCAUAAGCAACUGGUUUAAGAUAGAGAAGUAUGAAAAUGGGUACAAGCUUGUGUACUGUCCAACAGUGUGUGACCUUUGUAGGCCUGUUUGUGGAGAUAUUGGUGUUGUGUUUGCUGAAAAUGGAAGCAGGCGUUUAGCUAUAAGUGAUGUGCCUUUCAAGAUUAAGUUCAGGAAGGCAUAAAUGAAUAAUUACUUGUAUGUUAUUAUUAUAUGUAUACUUGUGUUUGAAUUAUAUGUGUGCAGUCAGAAUAAAUUACUAUAGACUAUAGCUUUGUAACGUAACUAAUGAAAUAGUAAUAACUGUCAAUAGACAUUCGUGAAUUA